GCAAUCACUUCUGAGCCAAAGCCUCCUUCCUCUGUCCCAUCCCCACAAUCUUCACCUUUUUUACUUUUUGCUAUUUAAGGAAGCGAGCUGGUGCGAAAAUGACGAUUUUGGAUAAACUGGCAACAACUCCUCAGUUUGGAGGCACGAAACUUCCGAGCAUUCAGUGACUAUCUCAAGUCACCUUUGGCAGAAUGACGCACGUUCACUAUUAACUGAUCAAGUUGUUCGGUUUCCUCACCUGUUUUGUGUGUGCGUUUGUUUGGGUUUUUUGGGGGGUUUUUUACACUUCUCAAGUGCUGCGUGCGUGGCCCCGGCGAGACGUGCGCGUGAUGGGUUCCCUCAUUUGGACCCCGGCCACCCUCCCUGCUUGGAAAAACACUAUUUUACUUUUAAACAUCAUCUCAGCCGUCGUGAGCAAAAGACACGCAGUGUACUGGAAUUCCACCAACACCAGGUUAACAGCAGGCGAACUGUCCAUCCAGGUGAAUCUGAAUGACUACCUGGACUUCUACUGUCCUUACUACCCCAGCAAGCAGAUACUGGGCCCCAGGCAGCCGGAGACACUGGCUCUCUACCUGACAGAAGAGGCCGCCUUCCAAGGCUGCGUGGAGACGACAGCAGCCAUCAAGCGGUGGGAAUGCAACACCCCUUUUGCUCCGUUCGGCUCGGUGCGCUUCUCAGAGAAGAUCCAAAGAUUCACCCCUUUCUCGCUGGGAUUUGAGUUUCUGCCAGGGCGGCACUACUAUUAUAGCUCUCUGCGUGCAGACGAAGGCCCACCGCUGCCGUGUAUGAAGCUGCGCGUCACCGUGUGCUGCGAGACCGCGUCCAAGGGCUCCAAACAAACACAAGCGACGUCACCUCUGAGUCGAGGUUGUCGGUCGAGGGCGCCUUGGCUUCGGCUCAUCUUCAUCCUCCUCAUCCUCCUCGCCAUCCUGCUGACCACCUGACCUCCUCGCACCUGUUCCCAGUGAGAAGGGGAACAUUCGGGCACAGUCGGUGACCUCCUGGCCCCCUCGCCCGUCCAUGCAAGGAGACUGCGGAAGACAUGUUUGUCAUUGCGCACACACAAACAUCCAGUUGCACCACACACAUUUACACUCAGGGACUUGGUGUACUCCACUCCCCAAUGCUAUUAAUAAUUUUCUGUGGUGAACUGUACACUGCCUGUCAUUAUAUGACACUGGCAAAGAUAGGUGAACAAAACACGUGUUUAGUGAUGAAAUCAUUUUCAGACCAAUUAAUGACUUUUUUUAUGUUCCUGAGCUGUUAUGAUGUGCCACCGACAUAGCUGGAUAAACAAAAACAAAAAUGAAA